AUGCAGCAAGCAAAGGCUCACACGGAGACCGUCGAAGACACGGGCGAAGGACUUCUUAUGAGGUCCAAGCUUGAUGAUCUGAGUGUUUGGCAGAGUGUUCGCAGGUUCAAACGAGUGGGCUGCAUCGCUAUGCUUGCAGCCUUCUCAGCCUCUCUCGACGGCUACCAGAUCAAUCUUAACGGUGGAAUCGUCUCCAAUGCUGGAUUCAUACGACAGUUUUCGACCUCUGGCACCACGAUCAUCGCGGGUAAAUACAUCUCGGCAUGGGGAGGUAUCCAAUCAGCUGGCCAGACCAUUGGUCAAGUCCUUCUUCAAUAUGCAACUGAACGCCUCGGUCGCAAGGCUGCGAUGAUGAUUAUCUGGGUUGUUCUCACCGCGAGCGUCUUCGCCGAGUCAUUCGCAACACACUGGCAGCAUUGGCUUGUGGCAAAGCUAUUCUCUGGCAUGGGUGUUGGUAUGCUGCAAUCAACCAUGCCACUGUACCUAUCUGAGAUCUCGCCUACUCAGCUCCGAGGUUUCUUCAUCAACGCCUACAGCUUCUGGUUCGUUCUAGGCCAGCUCUUUGCCUCGGUGGCCCUCAAGGAGCUCAAAGCAAACGACCCGCUCGAUUUCCGAACCCCGAUUUACACUCAGUGGGCGAUGAUCGGGUGUAUCCUUAUCGCAUUCCUUCUCAUCCCCGAGUCACCUUGGUGGUUAGCAAGCAAGGGCAAGGUCGAGCAGGCUUCUCAAGUCCUGAAUCGAUGCUUCGCCAAUGUCGAAGGUUAUGACAUUGAUCAACAGAUCGAAAUCAUGACUUCUACCAUCGCCCUCGAACGCCAACAAGCUGAGCAAAAUUCCGAGCUGGGACCCUGGGCUGUGUUUAAGGGUCGCAACCUGAUACGAUUCAUCAUUUCCGGUUGGCCCAAGAUUACACAACAAUUUGUCGGGUUGGCUGUCUUCAAUACUUACGCGACAUAUUUCUUCCAAUAUGCAGGAAACAAGGACCCAUUCCUCGUGACCCUCAUUCUAUCAUCCGUUCAGCUCAUCUCGAUGAUCGCUACAGCAACACUUACGGAUUCCAUCGGUCGACGACCUCUAACUGUCUACCCAUACGCCGUCACUGUCGUCUCUGUCCUGUGCCUGGGUAUCAUUGGCUGCUUCGACUAUACAGCCAAGGCUACCAGUUCGCUACUUGUUAGUAUGAUCUCAACAGGAAUGCUUCCCGCUUGGCUAAUAAGUGCUCUGCAGAUCUUCUUUGCUUGCCUCGCUACGUUUUCCACGACUGGUGCUUCAGCCAUUGGCUACGCCUACGCUGCAGAGAUUCCACAACAGCGCCUCAGGGCCCAGACGGCUGGUUGGUCGCUAGCUGUGUCUAAUUGUAUCGCUAUCAUCUUCAGCUUCUGCACCCCGUUGAUGAUCAAUGGAUCGGCCAAGUGGGGCGUCAAGACUGGUUUCUUUUUCGCUGGUACCGGCACUGUUGCUGUCGUCAUCGCCUGGUUCAUCCUCCCUGAGGUGGCACGCCGAACACCAGCCGAGAUUGAUGAAAUGUUUGAGAAGAAGGUCAAUCUCCGCAAGUUUGACAAGUUUGUCACAGAGGUUCAGGUCCACGCACAUGAGCUUCAGGACAGGAAGAAGGUGGCUGAUGAGGUUUAA